CUUCGUUUUUUUAUUCCUCAUCUACUUAGGGUUCGAGCUCCCUGAGCCCAUUGGCCACGCCUCUGGAGUCUGACCACGCCUACAAACAUUGCGCAUGCUCCGUCGCUAGCCGGCCCAGACUCGGCGCAGAAUCGGCACAAACCAUUCUCACUUCUCGUACCGCAGUGGGGGGGUUGGUGAUCAUUUUUUCCGUGAAAGGGCAUACGUUGCCCGUCCCGUUCCCCGAGGAAUGCACUAGGAAUAAUGUUCCUGUGCUUGCAUGAGCUAUGGCACCAGCACCGACUCGGGCUUCCGGGCCUCUCUCCUGCACGGGAGCCUCUCACUAGGUCUUCCCCGGGGCUGCGUUGGUGCCGUCCGGCACGGUCACGUGGGCGACAAAAUGGCGGCCCCCAGACCGCACUGCGAGCGUCGCGGCAGGUGAAGCGGUAGUGGCGGAGGCGUCCGCGGGAACUGGGCGGGCCGACGGGCCCUGAGUCUCCAGAGCUCGGUGAGGCGUCCCGGAGGCGGCGAUCACGGUUCUCACACCCCCGUGUCCCGAGGUUUAGCCUGAGCAGGGCUGUGGAAGGCCGGGGCCCAUCGACAGCACGAUGGUGACAGAGCAGGAGGUGGAUGCCAUCGGGCAGACGCUGGUGGACCCCAAGCAGCCCCUGCAGGCCCGCUUCCGGGCGCUGUUCACACUGCGCGGGCUCGGCGGCCCAGGCGCCAUUGCCUGGAUCAGCCAGGCCUUCGGUGACGAUUCCGCCCUGCUCAAGCAUGAGCUGGCCUACUGCCUGGGCCAGAUGCAGGAUGCCCGCGCCAUCCCCGUGCUGGUGGACGUGCUGCAAGACACCCGUCAGGAGCCCAUGGUGCGCCAUGAGGCAGGGGAGGCCCUGGGGGCCAUCGGGGACCCGGAGGUUCUGGAGCUCCUGAAGCAAUAUUCCUCGGACCCCGUCAUCGAGGUGGCCGAGACCUGCCAGCUGGCUGUGCACAGGCUGGAGUGGCUGCAGCAGCACGGUGGGGAGCCGACGGCAGGACCCUACCUCUCCGUGGACCCUGCCCCGCCGGCUGAGGAGCGUGACGUGGGGCGCCUGCGGGAGGCGCUGCUGGACGAGUCCCGGCCGCUCUUCGAGCGAUACCGCGCCAUGUUCGCCCUGCGCAACGCGGGAGGCGAGGAGGCCGCCCUGGCGCUGGCCGAGGGCCUGCACUGUGGGAGCGCCCUCUUCCGCCACGAGGUCGGCUACGUCCUGGGACAGCUGCAGCAUGAGGCGGCGGUGCCCCAGUUGGCAGCUGCCCUGGCCCGGUGCGCCGAGAACCCCAUGGUGCGGCACGAGUGCGCGGAGGCCCUGGGCGCCAUCGCCCGGCCCUCCUGCCUGGCCGCGCUGCAGGCUCACGCGGACGACCCAGAGCGCGUGGUGCGUGAGAGCUGCGAGGUGGCUCUGGACAUGUAUGAGCACGAGACCGGGCGAGCCUUCCAGUACGCAGACGGCCUGGAGCAGCUACACGGGGGCCCCCUCCUAGGGCCCCGCCCUCACCCGGGGCUCCCUGAGGACUCUUGAGGGCCGCUCCUCCCCCGCAGGGCUUUGGCGUCUAAACUGGGUGUGUGUGUGAAUCGGUGUCAUCGCUUGUGUCUUGCUGGGUGCUCGGUUGCUGUCCUUCUCUGGGACCCAGGAGCUGCCUUUGUGCUGUGACUCUCUGAGUCCACUGGCAGCUCCCCGGGGCCUAGCGCAGGGCUGUAGGGUGGAAGUUUCCAGGUUCAGGGGUGGGACUCUGCGGGAGGCUCUGGGAUGCCCAGCUCAGGACAGGGGAGGAUUGCCAGGGAAGCCAGGGGCAGAGCUGGGGCUCUUGGAGGAGGCUGGCAUUAUGGUGGCUUCAGUUUCACUAGGAAUGAGGCCCAGGGUCUGGGGGCCUCUAACUCCCCCACCCCCAGGCCUGGUCAGGGAUGGGGUGGUGGUCCCUGAGUGGGUCAGGUGGGGCACAGGGGCCAGGGAGGGACAAGCAGACCCCACAGUGCUGCCCAGAUGGAAUAUUAAAUUAUUUUUGCCAAA